UAAUUUGCAUAGCGAAACACAACAAUUAGCUUCCUAGCAAAGUAGCAAGGAAUACUCGAUCAUUUGUCCAACAUUAUAUAUAUUUCCGCUAGUCCAUAAGUGGAAGAAGCUGAUCAGCUAGAGAAUGGAGAUGGAGCAGAAAUUGGAGUGGGACGAGGCACAGAAGAUUGUAAUAAGCCUAGACCUUGUGGCUGCAGCCAAGCAACAACUCUAUUUUCUGGGCGAAGUUGACCGAAAUCGUUGGCUCUAUGAAGGCCCCGGUCUUGAUAAGGCCAUCACUAGGUACAAUUCAUAUUGGCUCCCAUUGUUGGCAAAACAUUCGAAGUCGCCCUUCUUUGGAGGACCUAUAGUAGUUCCUCUUGAUUGUGAAUGGGUUUGGCACUGCCACAGGCUCAAUCCACUUCGGUACAAUUCUGACUGCAAGGCGUUGUUUGGAACCAUUCUUGAUAACCAACAUGUGGUCUCUUCUACCAAAGGAGCACCCAAAGGGGAAACAGAGAAAUUGUGGAAACAAUUGUUUCCAAGUGAACCAUUUGACUUGGACUUAGCCACAUCAGUUCUUGCUCAUGAUGAUGUUGACCCUUCAAAGGCGUCGUCUGAUCAGCACAUGAAGCUCAGCCACACCGACUAUGAUUUGGUUUCAGCCGUGAAGAGGCAAAGUUCUUUUUUUAACAAGGUAUCAAGACCUCAUAUGUACAAUGAACUUUACCUUGAAGGGGCUGUGUCAAGAUACAAAGGGUUCUUGCAUCUAAUCAAAAGAAACAAACCACUAAACUGUGUACCAACUUACGACAUCGAUCUAAUCUGGCACACUCAUCAACUGCAUCCCAUUUCCUACUGCAAAGACCUAAGAGGACUACUUGGAAGGGUUGUGGGACACGAUGACAGCGACUCGGACAGAACAAAAGGGAGUAAGUUGGACAUAGGCUUCUCCAACACCACCCGGUGUUGGGAAGAAAAAUACGGAUGUAGAUAUUGGAGAGCGGGUGCAGUGUAUCGGCCCAACCCACCGCCGUUACCUCUCUCACACUUGUUUAACCCCAUCAGUGCACCUGCAUUUACAAACACCAAGGGAGUUGUGGCCAGCCAUGAUAAGGAUCAAACAUUAUUGCAUCUUCCUGAAACAAAGAGUCUAGAGGUAAUGUUGGAGUUUGUAGGUUUAAGGAAUGUACCUGCAGAGGAGGAGCAUAGAAGAAGUCUGUUUCUGACGUUUGGUAAGGAACAACCUGAUCGAAUCAUUAAGCCCAAGGGAAGACUUAACGUUUCAUCAUCACCGCCAGCUGGUGACAUUAGUGAAGAAAAACAGGUUGCUUACUUUCAAUGUGAGCCUAGUGGGAGUUUGAUGUUUCAACUCAUGAGCGAAUCACACAAUGAUAGUCUCCCACUAUCUCAUGAACCUCUUCAUGUGAAAACUAUGGGUUCUUUUUCUGUCUCUGUGGGAGAGUUGUUAAGCACAACUUCAAAUAGUAAUAAUAAUAGCCUCUUUUUAGAGAAAUGGUUUGAGUUAGAAACUCUAAGCUCUAAUAGCUCUAUCUCAAAGCCCAUCUUCUUAAGAAUUGCCAUUUCAGUUACCAUACCAACUAAAGCACCAUAUGUUCUUCACAUGAUUCCUGCUUCCCCACAGCCACCAUCACACUCAUCAAUAAGAAAUUGUUCCCUUUUCCCUCCCACUAUUGCGAAGGAGCAUAAUUGGACACGUGUCACAGAUGUAGUUGGAGAUGAGAUCAUAAGCCUGCAAUUUAGUGAACCUAUGGAAAAGUCAGAUUCAUUGUUAAAGGGACAAGUCAUUGCUCUUACUAAAUAUGGAGAAAGAUGCACUUUGGCUGAGUUGAGAGGCACAGAAUGGUCACUGACAAAUGUUGAGUGGUCCAUCUAUUUUCCAAAAGCUAUAGAUGAUGAUAAAGAUGAUGGUCACCUUUUGCAGUUGACCAGUGCUUCGCGAAUGGUUAAGUACUUCCAGGGUCGGAGGCUUGAUUAUUAUCAUCACCCCAAGAAUGGUGAGAAAGAAACAAGUGAAAAUGAGAUCAUGACUGCUGUAGAAUUCUCGGUUGAAUACCCAUAUGGCAAAGCAGUGGCAAUGGUCGACUUGAAAGUUGGCAUUGUUAAUGUGAAAGAGGAGUGGUUGCUUAUGCCCGGAAUGGUAAUUGCUUUCCUAUUCUAUAACAUUCUAAGAGUGGAAGAAGGUCGUUAUAAUUAUGAUGAAGACAAGUGGUCAUCCGAAGACGAUGAUGCAGAGGGAAAUGGGAUUCAGAAUGAAGUUGUAAUUUCAUCAAAAAGAGCAGAAUGGACAACUGAUUGUAAGGACUGUACCACGUCUUGCCAUGGCAGCGGUUGCGCCAAGGAUUGCGAUACGGGGACAAGCUAGCUGCUAGCUAGUACUAACUAGCUAUGGUAUCCUAUGGUAUAUAUAUAUAUGUUGUGUGUCGAAAUAAAACCAUCAUCCGUAAUGGCUCUUAGGUGGAGUCAUUGUUAUAGUAAUUAUACACGUAUAAUUACUAUUAAGUGGUACGUGUUUAAUACUCUUGAGGAAUUGUUAUGGUGUGUGUCGGAAUAAAACCAUAAUCCACAUAUAAUAUAUGGCUCUUAGGUGGGGUCAUUGUUAUAGUAAUUAUGCACUUCAUCACAGUUCACAAUAAAUGGAAUGCGGAUUCCAACUAUUUAUAUCUACUAGCAGUGUUGGCCGGCGCGGGGAAACUUAACCAACCAUCUCUCGAUUGAUGCACAACGUAUAUUGUCUUAUCAUAUGUAUUAUAAUUUCUUUUCCCCUUAUAUAUAAUUACUGUAUUUUGAUUUGAUUUAAGCAUAUUUCUAUGUUAUGGCCAUGUUUAUCUCA